AUGGAUGAUCCGUCUUCACAACUCCACCUCGAGAUUCGCGACGCCGUCGUUCGCGCGCUCGCAACGCGCCGGCCCAUCCUCCACCACCUGAACGCCGAUUCGUCUUGGCUGCUUCAGAUACCGCGUCCAGCAAACGCCGUCAAACAUGGGAGCCGGGUAUACUACAAUGUCUUGAUAGAUCCGUGGUUCGUGGGUGGGCAGAGCGAUGUCGCGAAAUGGUUCAGUCAGCAAUUCCACGCGACGGAGAGCGCCGUGAAGAGUAUUGCCGAGGUGGAGGAGUUGGCACGACAGGUGGAAAUAAUGGCUGGAGGACUGCGACUAGGCAGAGGAAGAAGUAAAAAGAGAAAGGUGGAAGAGGUGGACGAGGAGAGUUAUGUGGACUGUGUGGCUGUUAGCCAUGAAUUCACCGACCAUUGCCAUAAAGAGACGCUUCUAGAGGUGCAUCGUGAUGUGCCUGUGCUCGCGACAGAGCAAGCAGCCAACCUCAUAUCCUCCUGGAACCACUUCCGCACCGUAAUAACAACACCUACCUUCGCCGACCUCUCCGACUGGCACGACUACAGUCUCUCGCCGCUCCCAUCAUGGCUCAGCAUAUCGCGACUCACAGCGUCCGGAGACUCCCUCUACCUCCACUCCGCGCUCCUAAUAACCUUCGCCACGCAUCCCUUCCUGUCAACAGCGACGCCUAAGAAGCGUCUCUCUACACUCAGUAUAAAUGGCGACGGAGCGGAAGAACUAUCGUCUAAUAUCAACGGCGAGGAAGCGGAAUGUGUAAUCUACACACCACACGGCAUCCCCCACGAAGCCCUCAGCCCAAUCGCCACAGCCGACCCACCACUACAUACCCUCGCUUUCCUACACGGCCUCCACGAUGUCUCUAUAUCUUCUGCCCAGCAGCUCAACCUGGGAGCGAAGAACGGCAUCCUCGCACAACGCACACUCCGAGCAAAGUACUGGGUCGCAACACAUGACGAGGUGAAAAAGGGAGGAGGCCUGAUAAGUUGGUUCCUCCGCCGAAAGGUGUGGACAGUGGAAGAUGCGUUGAAGGAGGCGAGAGCACAAGAUGGAGAUGUCUUUGAAGAUGUGCACUUUCAGGGUAUGAAGAAUGGAGAGAGCAGGGUUUUGGAGUAA